AUGAAGUGUCCCUUCGUUAGUAGUGUGUCCACCGGAUUGUUCAAAAGAAGCAACAUCACUCUCGCUUCCGCACUCAACCACUGUCCCUUUAUCAGACAGCAGCGAUCACUGAGAAUUACCCCCGAAAACACCCUUUCCUCAAAAACCCAAUCGGCUAAAAGAGAGACGGGAGAAAAGAACUGUCCCUACAUUCACGGACAGACAGUAGAACGGCCCCGAUGUCCUGUUACCAAUAUCGAAACCGCAGAUGUGCCCAAAUCCGAUGUCUUGCAAAAUAUUUACCAGGAGACACCGGGAAGUAUACGAAAGAAUCCCGUGCCUGGGAAGAUACCGGAAGUUUGGGCAGAAUCGAUGCAUCUCCAGCUGCAGAAAAAGAAAGAUGACGGAACUUAUCGCAAUUUAAUGACUUUAAACAAAAGCACCCAAAGAGCGCCUUUGCUAGACAAGAUCGACUCUAAGGUGGUUUACCCUCUCGUUCGCGAAAGCUACUGCUCCAACGACUACCUCAAUAUGAGUUCUCAUCCAACCGUAAUCAAGGCAGCUGUGCAAGCAUCUGAGAAGCACGGAACUGGCGCCGGCGGCACUCGUAACAUUUCUGGAACAUCAGAGUUAACUGUCGCUUUGGAGAGGGAGAUUUCUUCGUGGCAUCAGUCAGAAGAUGCCUUGAUUUUUAACGGCUGCUAUCCAGCGAAUGACGCGACGCUUUCUACCCUCCUGGGCAGACGCUUUCCAGGAGCGCAGUGCUUUUCCGACGCUGGAAAUCAUGCCUCGAUGAUUCAGGGCAUGUUACGCGGGAAGCGAGAGCAAGCCGAUCCUUCCAACCGCCUCUUUACCUUCCGACACGAUUCGCCUGAGCACUUGGAGAAGCUCCUCCGCGAAGAAUACCUCAAGGAUCCCUAUCUUCCCCGAAUCGUCGCUUUUGAAUCUGUUCACUCGAUGGGCGGAAACAUCCAGCGCAUUUCGGAACUCGCUGAUGUUGCUCAUCAAUAUGGAGCGCUAACUUUUUGCGAUGAGGUUCACGCUGUUGGCCUGUAUGGGCAUACUGGUGCUGGUAUCGCGGAAGUCGAGCGAGUGAGGAAUAAAAUUGACAUCAUUUCCGGAACGCUUGGAAAGGGCGUCGGCGGAUUUGGAGGUUACAUCACUGGACCUGCUUUGCUUAUUGACCAAAUUCGGCAACACGCACCAGGCUUCAUUUUCACGACUGCGAUGCCUCCACCUGUCCUUGCUUCAAACAUCGCCUCCAUUCGCAUCCUGAAGGGUCCGGAAGGACGGCAGCUUCGGGAACAACACUGGGAGGCGGUGAACGCACUGCGAGAUGAACUGGACGACUUAGGGAUCGAGUACAAGAAGCCCUCUCGUGCGAGCCACAUCACGGCUGUUGAACUCGGCUCGACCUGGCUAGCUGAUCAGGUCAUGGAAGAACUGGAUAACCGAGGGUUCUACGUUCAAGCUAUCAAGAGCCCAACAGUUCCCAUGGGCGAGGAGAUGCUCCGACUGACCUGCUCCCCUCGCCACCUGCGCAACAAGCAGAUCAUCCCCCGAUUUGCAUCCGAGCUUUUCAGCACCAUCAAUGCCUAUCAACAAGUUGCUAACUAA